UCGCCGCGUUCGGACGUCUUUAACGUUUGCCGGGAUUAAUAAACGUCUCGCGAGUGUUGUUGUUUUUCUGAAUUUAAGUAUAAAGACAAUUUUGUGUUUUGCAAAACAAGGAUUUGGGGGGUUAUUUUAAAGAUGCUGGGGCAGUCGGCGUGACCACGGACGGGCUGUUGAGCGCCCUGGCCCGCCUGCGCCGCGCCCCGCCUCAGCUCCCCCACUCUCCCGCACACCACCAACGCUCUGCGGAUGGGCGUCACCAAGCUCCCAAAAUCCAGUCGUCUCGACCCUCUCCUGAAAACGCCGCAGGUGCCGACAACAGUAUGACGGUGGCGCGCGGUGACGGUUCCCCCGAGCGGCUGGGCGGCGCGCUCCGUCGCCUGCACUACAAGGCGACGCGGCGCGCGCACUCCGCCGCCGCUCGACAUCACAACUCCGCCACGCCGCCGAAGCAGGUGGUGGUCAUGGGCAGCAGCACCACGUCAGACAAGACCAUCAACACCAGCACCGACUCCGCAGCUACCGCCCUCACCUCAAUCACAGGCACAGACGACUCCAUGGACGCGGAACCAGAACCCCCUGAGCCCGUAACCAACGCGAGCUUGAUCGACGACCCCGUCCAGCCCCCCAGCACUGCCCCCCCACACUACCAUCGCGCGCAGAACAGCUGCGAGAUAGACUCGCCGGCGUACACCAAGCCUCAAUCUGCCACCGACGUCAUUGACUCUCCUAGACCGGGACCUGCGAGGUUCGUCUUUGAUGUUCCCAUGCCAGACCCUAAGAAACAAGAAAAGAGAAAUAAGACAAUCGUCAGAGAGACUGGAGGCCCUUCUACGUCGAUACAAGUGGGCUAUGACCCCAAAAUGGAGCCUCCUAAAAGUCCAAAAGCAAGUCAGUCGAAGUACGAGACGCAUUUUAAGUUUGACCCUGAGCCGGUUAAGAGGAGAGGCAGUGAGCCUCGCUUGAAGAAUAAACAGAAGGAGAAGGAGUAUUAUAAGGAUGAUGUGGCUAAGUUGAGGCGGCAGUUAGAGGGGACGGAGGUAUUCACUACGACGAGGAGAAGAUCGUCAGCUCAUCAGCAUUCGGUGCCCCCGCCGUCUUCCAGACGGCAGUCGACAGCAGCGCAAGUCCACGUCACAGCAAACCCACUAGACUCGGCCGCCACCACCAUCCCAGCUGGUAGAACCACCAUCGUGGUGCAGCAGCCGUCCCUCUCCCUGGACUACGGCGGCUGCUCCACGAUACUCGUGAGAGACGGAGAAGACGGUCGCAGGAAAAGCAGGGUGUGCAGCGACCACAUCCAGCAACUCCUGGACGUGACCAGCCAGUUCACUUCGGAGGAUCUUCAUGAGUUUGAUAAGAGGUACGGCAGCCCGCACCACUCCCGCUCGCAGUCUGUAAAGGCGCAGCGGUCCAGGACCGGCGAGAGGCAACUCCUGGGCCUGCCGCAGCAGCGCGCCAGGGUCGCCUCCAUGCCCAACACUGGGGUCGAGGAGGAGUAUUAUCGGCUGAGGCACUUUAGUAUUACAGGUAAAGGCGUGGUGAACCGUGGCGACUCGCUGCGCUCGCGCCGGUCUCGCUCCAACACUUCCGUGGCGUCGAGCGCGUCCAGCACCGAAGCUGCUAACAGAGCGUCUGCACCUUGUUCAUUGGCAUCGUCCAGGGACUCGUCUGCUGGACUGAGCUCGUAUCGCGUGCUGGUGCUGGGCGGGCCUGGCGUCGGCAAGUCGAGCCUCGUGGGCCAGUUCAUGACCUCGGAGUAUCUUCACGCUUACGACACUAGCAUUGAUGACGAAUCAGGCGAGAGGUCGGUGUGCGUGCUGCUCGCUGGUGAGGAGUCGGAGAUCACGUUCCUAGACUCGCCACCUGAUCACGUGGUCUCGGACGGCUGUGCCCACGGGUACUGCGUUGUGUACUCGACCGCGGACCGCGCCAGCUUCGUGGAGGCGGAGCGGCGGCUGCAGGCGCUGUGGGCGGCGGGGCACACCGCGCGCCGCGCCGUCAUACUCGUCGGGAACAAGGCCGACCUGGCGCGCUCCAGGGUCGUGCCCACUGACGAGGGCAAAAACCUAGCCACAUCGUACGAAUGCAAGUUCAUAGAGACUUCUGUGGGUAUCAACCAUAACGUGGACGAGCUGCUGGUGGGACUUCUCACGCAGAUACGGCUCAAGCAACAGCAUGCAGAGCGCGUCAGGAAACGCAGCGGGUCCCGCAAGAACCGCAGCCGCGCGCGCUCGCCGCUGGAGACGUCGCCGCCCGCCUCCGCGCCCGCCACCGCCUCCGCCGCCAGCACGCCACGGAAGAGGACGAGGCUCUCCGCCAGCGUUAAGGUGCGCGGCCUCCUGGGGCGCGUGUGGGCGCGGGACUCGAAGUCCAAGUCGUGCGAGAACUUGCACGUGCUCUAGCAUUCGGUCGCCGAGCCGGUUGCGUGCUUCCCGUUCUUCGACUGCGCCGCUGACUACGCGUGAAUACAGAUGGGUAAUGGCUGAUGGACUGAACUGAUUAACGGGUAUUUUUAAGUUAGAUUAUGCUGUAUUUUUCAAUAUAAUUAUAACUAAAAAAUAUUAUUGUUGAGUAUCUAAUUUUUUUGAUUCGAAAUUGUUCCCUUUGCGGAAUAUCUUUGUUGGCAGAUUUUCAACAAUUCAUAUUUUGACACAGUAUAAAUUUUUGUAAAUCUUAUUGAUAUGUUUUGUCAUUAACUAUAAAAAUCGACGGUUCAGUCUAUCCACCAGUAAAAAUAUAUGUAAUAUAUUAGCAAACCCUCUCCAUCCCUAAACCUAUAGCGUAUUCCAAAUUGUAACUCCAAAUGCUAGCAAUAGUUUAAAGUAACCCUUAGGUGGCUUACAUCCUAUUCAAUCUCUCAAAUAUUAAUAUUUAUUUUUUCGAGAUAUAAAUAAUAGAUGGCACUAGUAGGCCGCAAUUCUAAAUGAAAUAGUUUCUACUAAAUACAAUUCUCAAACUAUAUUUUAAAGUACUCCAAAUACUAUUAACAAUUUGGAUUCGUUGAAAUUAAGGAUGGUAUACUGUUGUCGAUGCUUAUACGGGAAGAAAACGGUUCGGCGAUAAACUAAAAAAAGUAAUUUCACACGAAUUGUGUGUUUUUGAUAAGUAUUUAAAUGAAUGAUUUAGGACUGAAUGCACGAUUUUACAUGAAAAUUUAAUUGAUGUGGUUACGUUGUAGUUUUAAUAAUGACUACAAGAUGGCAGUAAUAAAAUAUUUAGAUUCAAUAUUCCUAAAAAAUUCUAACUGAAAAGCGCGCCAUCUACUUACGAAAAAUUGAACUACAAAUUAACCCCAGCAAGGAGUGUUUUAAAUUUUAAUUCAAAAUGGGUAUUUUAAAGAGUGUAAUGUAGUGAAUUUUUCUAGAACAAAGCUUUUCCCAAUUAUAGUAGUGUACUUCAAAAUGUGAUCUCACCUGCCAUGCCCCUUUGUAUUCCAUUGUAAAUGUUUAUCAUAUAGAUUAAAAAAAAAACUAGACAAGCUAUUUUAUAUCUUAACUAUUAUUAUUACGACUUAUUUUCGCAUUUAUGUUACAGCACAAAAUAUACUUCUUUUCCCCAUUUUGGUAUCACCAUAUAAUUAUAUAAAAUAUAAGUUACAUAUAAAUUAUAAUAUAAGAAA